CAUGCGCAGUAUACUCGUACAUCGCGUCAGCUCUCGGCCGUGGUCAUAGAGCAGGGGGAGCGACCGCGAUGCGUGCAAGUACACCGCGCAUGCGCAGCGACUCGCACAUCGCUUCAGUGUGUCUGCUUGUAGCUGCGUAUUGCUGCUCCGAGCAGGCACCUGUAAAGGCAGCAUACAGCGGUCCUUCAGCGGUGGAUCCGCAGUGUAAUAUCCGGGAAUGCUCGUGUGAACGCACCCUAAGGUUGUGUGCCAUGGGUUUUCUUUACUAGGGUUUCUGGUAUUUUUGAUGACAAGAAUAUCGCAGAUCUCAGCGCAGUCUUUGCUGUCAAAUAUACAGUUCACCUAAAAUAGGACCUGUGGGGAUUUCUCGCUGUGGAAACAGCCCAUGGGGUCUCCAGAAGCUCCAGAACUGCCAGAUAUCUACAGGAUUCUAAAGGAUCAAUGGUUUUAUAUACUAGCGAUGCUAGCGACAUAAAAAGUGUAACAAUGAAGUUUCCUUUGUCUGGUCCAGAAUGGCAGCCUGUGGUGUGAACACGAAGAACAAAGUCACAGUUCAUAAGCCAGUUUGGGAUUUCCUUAACAAAGAGACUCCAUCCAAGCUGAACCGACUGAGAGAGGACAGUGGAGUUCGCAUCCUGAUUGAUGGUGAAACUUCUGAGAUUUAUGUACUGCGGUUGUCUUUUGACAGUCACGUUCCUGCAAAUACUAUCUCACUUGUUAGAAAGGCUCUAAAAUCUUUGUUAAAAGAUACUGAGAAAGAGUUAAAAAAAUCCUGCAAACAACAUCAGAUUUCAGGUUGUAUGGCUUAUGCAGAUAAAAACAGUGAACAUGCGGGUGAGCUGCAUCUCCGUAAUGUAUAUAGCAGAGGUCAGCAAAGUACGAGCAGCCGGGGACUACCUGGAAGUUCCAGCGGGGGAGCAAGUAGUAGUCAUGGGAACUCACGUGACCACCGAAGAGAAGAGGCAGAAGAUGACCGGGAGAAUCAGUGUCCCAUUUGCCUGGGUGAGAUUCAAAACAUAAAAACCCUGGAGAAAUGCCAGCACUCAUUCUGUGAGGAUUGCAUCACCAGGGCUCUGCAAGUGAAGAAAGCAUGUCCAAUGUGUGGUCGUUUCUAUGGGCAACUUGUAGGCAACCAACCUGAGAAUGGUAGAAUGUUAGUAUCCAAGGACUCCAGCCUUUUGCUUCCUGGUUAUGAGAAAUAUGGAACGAUUAUCAUCCAGUAUGUCUUCCCACCAGGCAUUCAAGGGUCAGAGCACCCAAAUCCUGGAGUAAGGUAUCCAGGAACAACUCGUGUGGCGUACUUACCUGAUUGUCCAGAAGGGAACAAAGUCCUGACACUCUUUAAGAAAGCAUUUGACCAACGUUUGACUUUCACCAUUGGGACAUCAAUGACUACAGGAAGACCUAAUGUCAUAACGUGGAAUGACAUUCACCACAAGACUAACUGCACUGGAGGACCACAGUUGUUUGGAUACCCAGACCCUACUUACUUACUGAGAGUUCAAGAGGAAUUGCGAGCCAAGGGCAUCACUGCUGACUAGAGGAGGAAGAAAUUUGCCAUCUUUGAUUGUUAGGUGGGCAUGACAUGUGAAGGAGAAAUUCAUGACUAUAUAGACCGGACUACCAUCUUCAGUGGAGAAAACCUCAGCUUUGUUUUUCUUUCCGUUUUGCCCUCCUUCACUUUAGCUCUUUUGCUGAUUGGAUAUUGAAUCAGAAUAAGAGGACGAUAACUUGUAAGGAGACUCGGCACAGAGCACACGACAGAGUUCCGUCAUGUUAAGUGUUAUUGACUUUGUUGGUUCACCUUGCUGGUGAAUCUGAAGACAGUCGGAGAACUGAUUGUAUCAAUAAAGCAUUAAUACAGAUGGAACGCUUGCUGACCUACUAUCAGUGACCUGUGGAGAUGCGUCCUUCAGCUGGUUGCCCAGUUAGUCAUCAGUUUUUUCCUCUAGUGUUUGGCUUUAGUUCAGAGAAAGAGAAGACAAAUGUUUGUGAUCUUAUAGUGCAUUCCGGUUCCUGCAGUUCUAAUAUCUUUUUCUGUGGAAUUACAUAACAUUUUGAGCUUUGUAGUUAAAAAAAAAAGCCACUAGAAAAGGCCAGCAUAAUUGUUUCAGCACAUUCUGGAUCCUAUAGCUCGAAUAUCUUAGUCACAAUGCUGCAAUGCAUUAUGGAUCUUGUUAUUUUUCACACCUUUGAUUGCCCAUUGUACUAGAUGCUGCAAUGCGUCCCCUCCUACCGUCUUGAUUUAACUUAUCUUCUGCCUUUUUUUCUUCUAUUGCUCCAUGGUUUCAUUGAGAAUAAGAUAUCUUCACAUGAAUGGGAUUUCUCAAUAUCAUUUUCUAAACAAUACAAAAGGGAAUUUCCAACACAGUUGAUAGAAUUCUAGCUGCUAGUUGCCAUUUACAAAAGCAUGCUGGGAUUAUUUAGCCACUCCAUUAGACACCACAUAGUUACAGAAGUAAAGGAUUUCAUUCUUUGCCUGAUUGUGUAAUGUUUGACCCAUGAAUGUAAGAAAUGUUACUGAUCCUGGUGAGACAGUUCUGUCUGGUGAUACAGUAUCAUUAACAUUUUGUUUUUCUUCUUGCCGCUCAGCUGCCAGGAAUAUUGUAUAAAUGUUUUUUAUGUUUUUUUUUUUUUUUUUUUCCUAUUACAGUAUUAAAAAUAAACACAUA